AUUCUAGUUACUAUUUUUGGAAAUGAAGAAAAUGGAAAGACCGUUGUUUACCUUGUGGCUUUCCAUCUGUUCUUUGUUAUGUUUGUAUGGUCCUAUUGGAUGACAAUUUUCACAUCUCCCGCUUCCCCCUCCAAAGAGUUCUACUUGUCCAAUUCUGAAAAGGAACGUUAUGAGAAAGAAUUCAGCCAAGAAAGACAACAAGAAAUUUUGAGAAGAGCAGCAAGAGCUUUACCUAUCUAUACCACAUCAGCUUCAAAAACUAUCAGAUAUUGUGAAAAAUGUCAGCUGAUUAAACCUGAUCGGGGGCAUCACUGCUCAGCAUGUGACUCAUAAGUAUGUAUUCUUAAGAUGGAUCAUCACUGUCCUUGGGUGAAUAACUGUGUGGGAUUUUCUAAUUACAAAUUCUUCCUGCUGUUUUUAUUAUAUUCCCUAUUAUAUUGCCUUUUCGUGGCUGCAACAGUUUUAGAGUACUUUAUAAAAUUUUGGACGAAUGAACUGACAGAUACACGUGCAAAAUUCCACGUACUUUUUCUUUUCUUUGUGUCUGCAAUGUUCUUCAUCAGCGUCCUCUCACUUUUCAGCUACCACUGCUGGCUAGUUGGAAAAAAUAGAACAACAAUAGAAUCAUUCCGUGCACCCACGUUUUCAUACGGACCUGAUGGAAAUGGUUUCUCUCUUGGAUGCAGUAAAAAUUGGAGACAAGACUUUGGUGAUGAAAAGAAAUAUUGGCUACUUCCAAUAUUUUCAAGCUUGGGUGACGGUUGCAGUUUUCCAACUCGCCUUGUGGGGAUGGAUCCAGAACAAGCUUCUGUUACAAACCAGAAUGAGUAUGCCAGAAGUAGUGGCUCAAAUCAGCCUUUUCCUAUCAAACCACUUAGUGAAUCAAAAAACCGCUUGUUGGACAGUGAAUCUCAGUGGCUGGAGAAUGGAGCUGAAGAAGGCAUCGUCAAAUCAGGUGUAUGAAAACAUUAUAGACUGAUAUUUUCAAUUUUCAUUUGCAAGAAAAUGAUCAAUGGAAUGAAAUAAUUGAAGUAUAACAGAAGAUAUAUUUUUUAAAACAGAAAGCCUUUGUACAGUUCCUGGGAUUCACAGAAGCAUUACUCCAGAGCAGAACGAUGCCUUAAUCUUAAGUGUCCAUUUGUGCAGCAUUGACUUAGAGCUACAAAAGUGACUUAAUGUUAUUCUGGAAAUAAUACUUACCUGUUAUGAGAUGCUAUAAUAUGAGCUGUCAUCACAUUUUAACAUGCAUAUAUAUUUUUUGAUACCUGAAUUACAUUAUUAGAUUAAGUAUCCAUAUACAUUUUCACUCCAAAAACACAAGCUUAAAAACUUGAAAGUAAAGUACAUCUAGGGCAAAUGGUGGCUGAAAGUGAAUAAUAUUCAAAUUACUGUUGCUUGUACUGUAUAAGGAAAACUGCUUUUUUAAAUUGGGUAUUUGCUAAUUUAUAAUUACUAUUUUAUACUUUUCAACAUUUUUAAUAACUUUUUUUAUUGUUGGCUAUAACAGAAGGAUUCAGAUAUCUAAAUAUCAUUUAGAACAUAGAACACAUUGGUCUAAUUCAUCGAAAGCUUAGUUAUAAGCAUUAAUACAACCAUGUAGUAGAGCAAGUGCCCAAGGCUUAAAGGGAACUUGGCAGUAUAAGAAAUAUUUUGGGUUCUCUCUGCUAUUUUACAACUUUUUUUGUUGAACUUUCAGGGGUAUGUACAUGGGCAGAGAAACACAAAGGUACAUGUGCUGGAGAAAUACUGGACACAGUAGGAAGAAGCAUAGGUGUCCAGAAGAAAAGCUAAGAGGAAUAUUGUAAUUUGUUAAAAAAAAAAAAAGUUUUGAGUUUUAACAGCAGUUAGAAUAAAGCAUGCUGUUGACUUGACUUUCAAAUUUCAGUGUAGGUAAUGACUAAAAAUUACUUUGAAACUUUUUACAGUAAUACUGUAACAGCUUAAACAGUGAUUUAAAAUGCAAUUCAAACUAGGCAAAAAAAACUUUAGAAUAAGUUUUCCUCCUGGCUGUCAGUUGGAAAUUCUAACCUAAGUGGUCAUUUUACAUUCUGUCUCUGAGAAGUGGAUUCUACUCUUAGAUGCACAAUCUUAAGUCUGACUUCCUAACAGCAACCCCUUUAUGACUAGACACAUUUCUCCUUUUUCCUUUUAAAAUCUAAGCGACAGCAGUUGUUGCAUUAACUCCAAAGAAAAGUACAGAAUAAACAAUGUAGAAAUGUUACUCCUCAUUUACACCUUUUAGUCAGGCACACACACACACACACACACCCCAAAAUAAUUGAUUACUUCCAGUGAGUGGGUGGAGAUGAAUCUCAGCAGCAUCUGUGAGUACUACAGGUUGGAGUUUCCUGUCUGUAAAAUGGGACUACAGGGGAGGGGGUGUUGUGAAUGAGUUGGACUGGAUGACUUCUAACAUUCUGCGAUGCCUAAUUUUGCAAAAUCACUUUUCAUUCACCCAAUAAAUUUUUUUCUUCUUUUUUCCACAGAGUCUUGCUCUGUCUCCCAGGCAGGAGUGCAGUGGCGGGAUCUUGGCUCGCUGCAACCUCUGCCUCCCCGGUUCAAUAGAGUCUCCUGCCUCAGCCUUCCAAGUAGCUGGGAUUACAGGCUCAUGCCACCAUGCCCGGCUAAUUUUUACAUUUUUAGAAGAGACGAGGUUUCACCAUGUUGACCAGGCUGAUCACGAACUCCUGACCUCAAAUAAUCCACUCACCUCAGCUUCCCAAAGUGCUGGGAUUACAGGCAUGAGCCACCAUGCCCUGCCCCAAUAAAUUUUUUGGAGUACCUUCUGUAUGCUAAAUAAUACACUAGGAAUAGCUCUAUCAUUUCCUAGUACAGCAUAAAUUUUAUGGUUGCUACUGUAGGUUUAUAAUUUGUUGUUUAUAAUUUGGUCUAAUUUCCAUCAGCCAUACUAAUAAUAGAUUUUAAAAGGAGGCAACUUUUUUUCUUUUUGAACCAAAGGAAUGAGUUAGCUUUGAAAACAUAAUUUGGGAUAUUAUAGUAUGGAUUCUUCUACCUUUGUUUCAACUCCUUAAUAUCUUGAUUAUAGCAAACUAGAAUGAGAGUUAAGAGAUACCAAUUAUUGCCGGGCGUGUUGGCUCAUGCCUGUAAUCCCAGCACUUUGGGAGGCCGAGGCUGGCGGAUCACCUGGCGGAUCACUUGAGGUCAGGGGUUCGAGAUUAGCCUGGUCAAAAUGGCAAAACCCUGUCUCCACUAAAAAUACAAAAAAAAACAAAACAAAACUGUCCAGGCAUGGUGGCACACGCCUGUAGUCCCAGCUGCUCGGGAGGUGGAGGCAGGAGAAUCACUUGAACCCAGGAGGUGGAGGUUGCAGUGAGCCGAGAUCGUGCCACACCUGGGUGACAAUAGUGAAACUCCAUCUCAAAAAAAAAAAAAAUAUAUAUAUAUAUAUAUCAAUUACCAACUAAAAACAUAACUUCAGUUUGGCAGUUUGCAUAUUAUAAAGAGAGAAAUGUUAAAACAUACUUGACUACUUUCAGAAAUGUUCUCCUGGUACUUUUUGUAUUUCUACAUUCAGAUAAAAAGAUUUGCAUGCACCUGGCUAACACCAAGGAAACUUUAUUUUUUUCUUCACUAUUAUGCACUUUCAUGCUGUAGUCUUUCUCAAUUCUUUUAAUUUUUGUUAUUUAGCAUCUUUAAAUAGCACAGCAAACAUCUUUUCAGAAAUUUUCAGUUAAAGCCUUUGAAUUACUUAUCUUUGAUUUAAUUUACAGCCAGCAUUUUGCCACAUUCUAAAUAAUAUUUAGCUGAACUGAUUCAUAUGUAUUAAUGACCAUUCUAGCAAAGGCCAACAAGUGGUGUGGGAAUCAGGGAAAGGCUGCCUCUUUGGUAUCUCAACUGGUAUUGAUUAUUGCUAUCAACUAUUUGGGGAGAAAAAAUCAAAAUGAAGCCCUGUCAAAUUUUAGAAGUACUAUCUUUGGUCCUUCAAACACUUGACUUUUGUGAUGACACCUUAAGAAAAAUAAAGUUGAAGUUCAGGUCUUGCCAUUGCCAUUAAAAACAAAUUAGGAGACUUG